AUGUUUCUUGCAAAGGCUCUAUUGGAAGGAGUAGAUCAAGGUCAAGGUCUUGGACAAGCUCUUGGAGACCUUCUUGGAGGAGGCGGUCAGAAAAGAAGAGGAGGAGGAAAUAUCAGAGGGAUAGUUGAAGGAAUUGUGAAUUUUAUCAGUGAGGCUGCAGCUGCUCAGCAUACACCGGAACCACCACCCACUGAGCAGCAUUUCACCAACGUGGAGGCCAACGAAAGUGAGGAACUUAGGAGGUUUCAGCAACAAUUUGCACAGCUGGCUGGACCAGACAUGGAGGUGGGUGCCACUUACCUAAUAAAUAUUCUCAACAAAGUCCUGUCUAAGCACAAGGAUCUGAAGUCCGACGGCUUUAGUCUUGACACCUGCCGGAGCAUCGUGUCCAUCAUGGACAGUGACACAGCUGGAAAGCUGGACUUCGAAGAAUUUAAGUAUCUCUGGAAAAACAUCAAGAAAUGGCAGCGUGUUUAUAAGCAAUAUGACAGGGACCAUUCGUCUCUGGGAAGUUCUCGGCUGCGGGGGGCUCUGCAGGCAGCAGGCUUCCAGCUAAAGGAACAACUUUACCAAAUGAUUGUCCGCCGAUAUGCCAGUGAGGAUGGAAAUAUGGAUUUUAACAACUUCAUCGGCUUCCUGGUUCGCCUGGAUGCUGUGUUUCGUGCCUAAUCCCUGGAUAGAGAUGCGGAUGGCCUGAUUCAGGUGUCUAUCCAAGAAUGGCUGCAGCUGACCAUGUAUUCCUAAAGUGGGCACUAAGUCAGGACUACCCCAGGGGACAGGAGUGCUGGAAGCUUAGUAAGCCAUGCUCUCUGCAUGGUUGCACUUACCGCAUCCAAUGCUGUCAUUUCCUGCCGAGUUCUUUCAUAACCCUACCUAUUUCUGAACUGUGCUGCC